AUGCCACCACAGCGCUCAGAGUCAACACGGAGCCAGAAUUCGGAGGUGCCCGAGGGAGCCGCAAAAUGGAGUCCCAAGAUGGGACUUCCUUCUACCACUCAUUCGCCACCUAAUGGUCAAGCGCCGAUAAACAGCAGCAGUACCACUAGUCUCGAUUUUCAUAACGAGCUUUCCUCGCGUCUGAAGCGCCAACUGGACAGUUUGAGAUCCACUGAUAAUCCCAAUCGCUCUCCUGCCCCACCUUGUGCUACCACCGUCACUGCGGAAAUGAUACAGGCCUCGAAAUCAAAACUUAAGGCAACCAACACUACCGCGCCCACAUCUAUCACAGUGCCGGAGGCCCAAGUCUCAUCCUCUGUGCCCGCAUGGAAGGAGUUGGUGGUCCAACGGCGUCGCAAGAAUGUCGAGCCGCCUGCCAGCAAGAGGAUGAGCUGGACACCUACCUCCAACUCCUGUUCCUCCUCUCCUGCCCCCAAACAGCAGCAGCAACAGCAGCAAUCACCGAACGCGGAUACAUUCCCAGAAGUGGUGGAGGAAGAGGAUGAGGUUGGGGCUGAACGGGGAGGAGAUAUUCCGGCCAUUAUGUCGCAUUCUGUGACAUGCGGAAGCACCUCUACGGUGACGCCUCUGCCACUGGCAGAAAGUCGCUCCUCCUACGAGCAUCUUCUACAACAGGUGACACACCUCUGCGCUGAUCUGAAUCUGGCUAAGGUGAAUCUGCCGAAUGAGCACAAUAGUACAUUGGUGGAUAGAAUUGAGGGUCUCAAGCAAGCCUGCUUGCGCUAUGCGGAUGAGAUGGACUGUUCAGCGCACGCGAAAUUUCGAUUCAGGGAUGAGUGUGCUCGAUUGCAGACUGCGGCAGAUACUCUGCGUAGUAUAUGCGGUGUUGGUGCUAAAGCAGGAAUUAGUGCUGAGCUGGGAGGUCGGAGGAAGACCUUUCAGACCGUCUACACAACCGUGGAAGUCAUUCACCAGUCUUUAUUGCGUUUGGCUCCUGCGGUUCCUUCAAGUGACUCUGUUGAAGAAUCUACAGCCUCAUCGGCUGGCAACGCCUUUGUCAGCACCGGUGUCAUCUCAUAA